UCUCAGACAUUAGUCAUGUGUGUGGCUCUCUUUCCUUAUCUCUAGUUCUCCACCUAAAACCCCCCAUCUUUUUUUCCAAAAGCAAGUACAUAAAAUGGGCAUCCCAAAAGCCAAAAAAAAAGAAGGAUUAAUCGUUCAAUAUAAUGCGUGCAUUAUCUCUAAAUUUUUUCCCUUCUGUUAGUCUAUCGAAAUCGGUGUUAAAACCAAGAACCAUGUCGGAAGAAAGGAACGGGAAGUUAGAGGAACAACAGCAGCAGCAGCAGUGGCCUGAACUGAAGCUGCCGGAGUUGCUAUACACGGACACGAUUAGGAAACUACACGAGGUGAUCGAGAGCGACUGGGAUUACCUUCGGCGGUCGGCGUGCCAGAUGGCGGCCGGGAGAGCAUUGUGGAAGCACGUGAUACACGACCCGCUCGCGGAGUUGCUGGCGGGAGAGACAUGCUUGAGGAGCUUUUACGAGAAGAUAAGAAAAGACCGGUGUAACGAUGCCAAGGAGGUGUCUGGAGUGAUGCUUGCUGUUAGGACACUGUGGUUUGAUGCCAAGAUUGAAGCCGCGAUUGAGUCGUUUGGUGGAGGCGAGGCACAGGUGGUUCUUCUUGGUGCAGGAAUGGACGCAAGGGCGUAUCGGUUACCUUGCCUGAAAGAAACUGCUGUUUUUGAAGUCGACUUUCCAGAAGUCCUGCAGAUGAAAACAACUACUGUACAGGCAGCAACAGCAUCAAAAAAUAAUGUGAGAAUGACAGCAAAAUCUCUAGAAAGAGUGGCAGCCGAUAUCACAGACAACAACUGGCUUCAAAAACUUCAGACAUCCGGAUUUGUCCCAGAGAAGAAUACAGUGUGGGUUCUUGAGGGCCUUCUUUACUACCUCUCCCACUCACAUGCCAUGGAAGUAUUGAAGAUCAUAGCGGAAAAUUGCACUGUGACACAGACAGUACUUUUAGCAGACUUCAUGAACAAGCCAUCAACCACACUUUCCAGCGCCAUGUACCAUUUCCAUAGCGAUUGGCCCGAUCAUCUCCUGCCAUCUUUAGGGUUCUCUGAUGUUAAUCUUUCGCAAAUUGGGGAUCCGGAUGCUCAUUUUGGGCUGUUGCAUGAUCCGCUGAAUCUGUUCAACAAGCUUCGCAGUUUGCCCAGAUCACUCCAAACCCUUCCGGAAGAUGGAACGCCGUGCUGUCGAUUGUAUUUGGUGCAGGCUUCUGGUUCACCCAUCAAACCACAUGAAGAGACGAUGUAAGUCAAGAUAUUAUACAGGUCUAAUUAUAGCUUACAGUUUAGGUGUAGGCAUCAUUCUUUGUUCGGGUUGCCUCUGUAAUACAAAUUACAUUUGGACAACAGAACAACAAAAUAUCGCUAUUUCAUGACUCUAGAGCUAAGUCAAAUAUACGAAUUGCGAGAGUUAUUGAA